UCGACUGUUACAGCGGGUGCAGGGCCGUCGACAUCGAGUGCACAGGCUGAAGGAGUGGAACACAGCUUUGAUGUGCAGUGUAGUAACACAGAGGAAGGCCAAGUACAGGUGGAUUCGGAGGAUGUGGAAAGAGAGAGACGUUAAGGAGGAGGAGGAGAGAGACGUUACCCAGCAGGGACAAAUUGAGGAAGAGAGGAUCUUUGGCCUUACUGAAGAAGUCCAUUUCAGUUCAGUUUCAGUUCAUUAGGCUACAAUGCAAGCGACCAGAACUGGUUAGCCUACAGCCUAUGAUAAAAUGGGAUGAUAUUUCAAACGAAAAGAAGAUAAUGGAUUCUAAUGAGGAUGCAACUGCACCUGAGGAGAGAAGCAUCACAACUAAUGAUGCUUAUCCAUCUGCGGUUCAGCCAGCCUCCACAGAGCCCACAGCAACAAAGGCUCACAUGGGAUUCCAUCAGCACUUACUUUCCACCUCCAGGAUCCAGAUGGAGAUGAUGCCAUUUUAUGAGUACAUUAUGGAUCUCAGUGAGGAGGAAUGGGAAUCUUCUGCUGAUGCUAUGAACAACCCUGUGACAAAGGCACAAUUUCUCACAGUGUGUGUAAACGUAGCUAAACAUGUUACUUUGAGUGCACUAAAAAUCAUCAUACCAAGCCUUGCCAGAAGCCUAGGAGAGGACUCAGAACUGUUGAAGGCACCAGACGAGAGCCAGGAUAUCAUCGAAGUUAAUAAGGGGGUAUUGACCAAGGUCAUUCAUAAAGCAGGUAGCAGGUCAUCUCUAAGAUCCUGUGAUGAGCCACCCAUGAGCUCACACAGUUCUUCUGGAAAGAGGUCCAGCACCUCCCUGCAGACUACUUUAGUACCCCAGCAUGGCAUCACAAAGGAACAUAUCCUGCACAAUGUCCAGAGGAGUCUUACUAAAUUGAAUGAAGCUGGCUUGACUCCAGCUUCAGAAGAAUGGAUUGACACCAUUGUGACAGAAGUCACACAUACAAUAGCUUCAACCUUUACCGAGACCAGGCCAGAUCUGCAAAACUCAUCAAGAUGUGCACUUUCACUUCAAAAGACCAAGAGCAUUGAACUGAUGAAAAAUAUUUCUUUGAAGUUGAAAUCAUAUAUGGAUCAACAACAUAAACCCUCAAAAACCCAGGCUUCUUCUCUUGUGGAAGACAAUUCCAUACUGGUCUCAACUACUGCAGAGGCAAUGGCUACCAUCAUACACGAAAUGGAAACAUGUUUGGAUGGAAAUGAAAAGAACCAUACUGCUAAAAAACUACUAACGACCAUGAAGAGGGCUGUUAAAAUUCUGGCUUGCCAAAGUGUUUCUUCAAACCAUAUUCCUGCUCUUGAUACUGAUGACCUUGGUGAGCUUGACGUUUGUGAGGAAGAAAAGCUUGGCCAGAACAGGCCAAUGUUCAAGUAUUAUAUUGGAGAGGCUCACUAGUGACCAAUUCUGCACAAAAGCAAAGAAGGCUAUCAGUGAUUUUCUCACUGAAAAGGUCAAAGCUGUGCAUUCCACAUCCUCAACUGGACCUUGCUUUUCAUCUAGGUCUGUUCUUGAAAGUAACAUCAAUAUGGAUGAUGAGGAUCUUUUCUCUAGCCACUCUCCUCAUUCAGUUUACUCUGUUGGUUCUAUAAUUGAAUCCACUGAAUGUGCAAGAGAAUCAUUUAUAAAUGAGGAAACAGUGAGUGAAACCCUAUCUGGCGAGCCCUCGGUCAUACCAAAUGCAUCCAAGAAUAAGAUUGUUGAAGCGGCAAAAGGGCUUUACGACAAAGUCCAACUAAAGUUAAAGGAGUUUUUGAAGAACCCACUGAUUCUGUGGCGCAAAGGCAUGUCAACCCCUGAUAUCGAAACAAUAGAGGCCAUGCAGGUUAUGGAUGUUUUUUCUGCUCAGCACUCAGGUGUGCAACCAACCAGUACUUGCAGUGAGCAGUUGCAGCCCCGUACCAGGCCACUGCUCAGAAAGGUACAUAGUGAUGGCACACAUAGUGUGGCUUUAGGUGAAUUUUAUUUGACCCAGACUCAACUUGAUGAAUGCACAAGAGAUGCCUUGAAAGGGGUCCUUACCACCCUCUUGUCCAAGGAGGCUGAAGAACCAUGUUUACCUUCCAGUGCCCCUGCUGACACAUUUGUGGAAAAAGUAAUUUUCCAUCUGGACGAUUUGAUCUCUUCAAGCUCUUCAAUGACCUUAGAUAGCAGCAGUGAUCACUCCAGCAAGUAUUCAUUUGAGAAUAUCACAAGGACUUCUUAUUCAACAGGCAGAAAGUCCUCUUCUUUGGCAUGUCUUCAGAAACUGUCUUGUGAAGUGUUUCAAACAAAUGCUCUUACGGCUGUAAGCGAAGCCGUACUUAAAACAGUCAGAAGUCAUAAUUCUAAUGGCACACUGGACCAACAUUAUUUGCCAGAAAGGGUUCAGGUGAGCUCCUUCUUUUUCCUUCCAGUGGAAACAGAGGUCUCUGACACUAACACAGACACCCCUAAUGUAGAUGUAGAGUCUGCUGCAUCAAUCAUGGUAAAUCAGUUUGUGACUGACCUGCAGGGUUGUGUCGAAUCUAUGCAUUCAAUCAAGGUGGAAUGUGACAAGCCACAUAAGGGGAAUUUCUUCACUAAAGCUUCAAAAUUGUAUCAAAAUCUGCAGAACAAGAUGGAAGAGUUUUUAAAGACCUUUCAAGGGAAUAGGCUUGGACAAACUAGUAAAGGAACCUACAAAAGAGCAAAAUUCCAACAGUGAGUGUGAGCAUCCCCUUUCAGAAGAGCACAACAUCCAGAAGUGACUAAUGUGGUGCAGAAACUUCUGGAUGCCACAGACACCCCUGAUAUUCCAGCAAGCCCAUGCACUGACAUGAAAGAAUGCAUUGAUAAGGAUAUAGAACCUUCAGAAAGCAUCUCUCAAACAACUGAAGAUGCUGAUGUGAAAAUCUGGUCCAAAACUUGCAAAACAUUCCAGAGCUUCAGGAGAAAACUAAAAAAUGUGUUUGCCAAGUACCACCUCACACACUCCAAAGUUGAGGAAAAAGACAACGCAGAAGCCAUUAGCAAGGUGCUUGGUUUUAUUCUGGAGGAACUUGUUGAUUUGGAUUAUUCAGGGGAACAGAUAACAGACAACAUUGGAGAGGAGGAUGACCAGUUAAUGAAAGAACCACAAAGGUCAAAUUCUUACUCAUCCACUGCUUCCAAAAGCAAAUGAUCAAAAUUGAGGUCUUAUCUGGUGCAGUCCUCAGCCUUAGUAAGACACCUGCUGAAGCACCUCCUGUGCGACAUGUUUAUAGUGACAUGAAUGAUAUGGAUGAAAAUGAGUCCUCUCCUAUCUCUCGUGAUUCAAUUAUUAACAUUGUAAAAACCAUCUCUGCUGAGCUGGUGCAGAAUGACUCUCUCCCACCCACUCAGGAUCUUACCUCAGUGGGGGAAAGGCUGGAUAGAUUGCUAUGUAAUGAGAGACUCAGCUCACUCUCCUGCAAUCUUUGUAAUCUGAUUCACCAUCUUUACAUCAAGGACCAAAAAGGAAUGACGGCCACAAAGUCUGUCUCUGAUUCUCUUCUUUUGAACUUGGGACAGAGUGGCAAAUUCCUCAAAAAAGAUAUUGUCAGACAGUUUGUUCAGGUAUAUGCUGAGGAGACAGUGAAGCAUUUUUUCCUUCCUUGCUUCAACAUUCCAUCACCUUGGAAAAUGGACGUUGGAGCAGUUUUCCAACAUGCUUCAUCCUCUGCAUCUUGCCCCAGUUUUCUACAUUCUUUGUCUGAAAUAGUACCCCAAGGUGCCUCGAGAUCUCCUUCACAAAUACUGCAGAGCACAUUACAAGAUCUUCCUACAGUCAUGACAAGAAAUGUGAUGAACCUGCUAGACUCUGCAAACAACAGAGGAAUUAGAGGCCCAAACAGACCAGCAGCCAUUACCUGAUAGUAUGUGUCUUUUUAGCAGACCUUCUUCAGGUGAUCCGACACAGAUUUCAGUGAGCGAGGAUAUUAUUAUGGGUUCCUCUUAUCCCUCUCUGAACCCAAUGGAUUCCACCUCAGAGGAUUACUCCAACCUGGUCUCUAUAUUAGUCAUUAGACUACUUUCUAAAGUGAAGGACCAAGAGUCACUCACUGACAAUAUGUUGGACAUAUCUAGAAUGCUAAUUGACAGGAUAACCAGAGAAAUUGAUGCUGCCUUUUGCAUUGCAAAAAGUAAGGCAUGUCCACAUGAUGUGAGAAUCAGAAAAGUCUUCAAAGCCAUUUACAAUAAUCUCUUGCAUGAGUUUGGCGGUAAGGAGAUUCUUCUGAAGGUGAUGAUGUCAGAGGAUCCUUGCUUUGAGAAGUGUCUGGUCACCUCCCUAACACGUGAGUUCAUGCAAACCACUGAUACGCCAAAUCCAAAGGAAGAGAAGACCAAGAAGCGGACACUUCGGUUCCUACCAAAAAUGUCCAAAAUCAAAGCCUUUGUUGAUAUCAGUCUGAAGAAAUCAAAGUCAGGCAAUGAUAGAAAGGCGCAGUCCACCAACAUGGAUCAGAACUUGAUCAUGAACAUGGAUCCGAUCUCUGCUCAUGCUGAUCCAACUGUCCUAUGUGCAGGCUGCUUACCUUGUGUUGCACCAGUUGCCUCGAGCCGCACGACUACAUUUGCUUUACCAGAGAAGAAACCUCGCAGGGGCCUUUUCUCCAGAAUCAUUUCCAGUUUAUCCAGAAAAUCCCCAAAGAUAUGCCCAGAGGCACUUCAUUGAUAUUCCAAGAAACAUAUUUGCAUUGCAUUGUAUUGCUAAAAUGUUACUAUGUAUGUGUGGACUAAUUGGUGUCACGUAUGCUGUUCACCACACACAGGGGCUCAAUGUGACAUCCAAGUAGUGUAUCACUCUCCAAUUGUUUUUCAAAGAAUUAGUUAACAAAGAAGACAUUAUUUAAAAUACAAAUAGAAAUCCAUUCAAUGGGCAUUAUCCUCUUUUAACAGAAAGCAAUAACUAGAGUUUCACUGCUGAAUGUAAUCAUUUAUUAUAUUCAAUAAAGUUUCCCUGAUUUCGGUCAGGUAAGUUGAAAAGGGAUAAGAGAUUUCUUUUGGGUUCUUUUGUCUCCCAUCAGCGUA